AUGUCAUCGACUACAGCUGCUCCUUCUACGCCGCCGCACACAGUGGGCUGUCCAUCUUGCACUGGAGGCGAGAACGAGACACUAGGAUCCAGUAAAAGCCGCAGUCUUGGCCGCCGCUCUCUGGAUGCCGUCCGCUCCAUCAGGACAUACAGCAAGGGACGCCGGAUCUUAGAUGCUACUACCAACCAGAAGAUCGAGCCUCCCACUACGAACGCCAGUGCUGAGUCCAGCCCUACCGGACACUCCGCUAAGCAGCGCUGGUACGACUCAAUUCGUGGUAGGAGCUCGCAGGUCCCAAAUCCGUCGAGCCCUGAGUCUAUGUCAUCCACUUUGAAGCGCUCGCGUUUCUUCAAGUCCUCACCGGUCCAACCACACAGUCAUGAGCCGUCCAUUUCAAGCGCAUUGCAGAGCCAGGCAUUUCGUACUCCUCUUCCCAAGCUUGACCUUCCGUCUUUCCAGGCAGAGCUGCAGAGAUCUUCAGUUUUCGGAGCUGUCUAUGACAAGUCUGAGAUUGACCUGGUUGCAAAGACCAUCAACAUGUAUACGGGGAUCAAGCCAUGCAUUACCUCAUCCAAUUCAACUCCAAAGACCAGGGCACAGGUCACGUUCACCGACGACAACGAUGCGAAGACCGAGUCACAUGCGACUAGUGCUAUUGAGUUUGAAGAGGAGUCCGAAGACGCUCUCCACACAAAAUGCGCCAUCUAUUACAAAGGCAGCGCCUGGCGUCCAGAGGACAGACAGGUCUUUUCGGAUGCCUCUUCUGCACUGUCCCACUUUGCUAGGCAGCAUGUGUCCAAUACUCGCAGUCCUUAUAGCAAAAUCCUUCUUUGGACCGGCGAGUUGCCUUACACUAGGCCCCAUACCAAACAAACGUUCACUGUCUACCCCCAUUCAGAUGGACCUCGUCGCCUUGAGAUCGAGGAGAAGUAUGAUCUGGAGUGGGCUCUUAUCGCCUUUACCGAACACUCGCAUGCAACCACUCUCCCUCCCAUGAAGAGCAAGAGUCUGUCGGAAGAGGAUAGCAGGCUCAUGGCUGCCCUGAAGGAUAUCAUUGCAGCAGGAUACCGUGUGAACGUGUGGACCGCCCGCGAUAAUGAGAACUGGGAUGCUGAGAUUGAGUACAUUCAAGAUUGGGGCAUGGGUCACACUAUUUUCCAACGACAGAGCGAACAAGAAGUCGAAGAACGUCGCAAGAGGUACAUAGCCUUUAUUGAGCACGGUAUUCCUGGAUUCUCCUGGACAGACGUCCGGAUUUUGGACGAUGAAAUCCAUCGAGUUGAGCAGGAUGAACAGGGCGAUGCAGAGGAGGCUGACUGUGGCUAUGACUAUGACUGCGACUACGAUGGUCAUGAGUACGCCAACGAGACUCUGUAUCAAUCUUGGGAACAACCUGAGCAUGAAACUGAGGGGUGGCUUAUGCAUCAGGAGGAGACAGUCACAGAAGAUGCAGACAAGGACCAGGAUGGGUGGAUCGUAUAG